AUGGCAAUUAAAUUGAAGAGAAAGGGAUGCAGGCGUCUGUCGAUCGAGUGGAUUGAUCUCAACCAUGGCCUCGUCCUCGACCACCGUCCCCAUCCAGACGUUCUCGCCUAAUGAGCGUGUUCUCUGUUAUCAUGGACCGCUCAUUUACGAAGCCAAGGUCCUCAAAGUCGAGAACUGGGACGAGACGACAACCAAACUUGGCACCGUAGGGCCACACUACUUUGUACAUUACAAGGGAUGGAAGCAGACUUGGGAUGAAUGGGUACACCCAACACGGUUGCUUAAACUCAAUGAGAGCAACCUCGCCUUGCAGAAGACGCUCCAGCAGGCCAACGCUGCCGCUACUGCUUCUGCCGCAGGAUCGUCAAGUGGCGCGACAGGAAAGAGUGGAAUAUCAGGGAGAAGCCAUGCUGCCAAAGAUGCCGGCAGGAGUGGUCGCAAAGACGGCACAAGAGGAACGAAGCGAGGUAGAGAGGAGGACGAUGGAAGCAAGAAGCCAGAGAUGAAGCUCAAUGUGCCGGAAGCAUUGAAGGUACUUUUGGUGGACGACUGGGAAGCUGUCACCAAAAACAGCCAGUUGGUACCAUUACCAAGGAGCCCGAGUGUUAUUGAGAUCCUCGAAGAGUUCAAAACAUAUAUCCUUGAACAACCGAAAACGAGUCUACGAGAUCCGCCAACACUCUUACCAACCAUCAUCGCCGGACUUCAAACAUAUUUCGAUCGUGCGUUAGGAGCAAACCUCCUAUAUCGCUUCGAGCGACCGCAGUAUGCAGAGAUGAGGCGGCAAUACGUGACAGGGCCGCAAGUCAUCGUUGGCCAAGAGAAAGAGAUGAGCUCUAUCUACGGUGCAGAGCAUUUGUUGAGGAUGCUAGUGAGUCUACCGAACAUGGUGGCGAGUUCUACCAUGGACCCAGAGAGCGUAGGAUUGGUGCGAGAUUAUGUGAAUGAGCUUAUGGCAUGGAUGGUGAAAGAGCGAGAUCGGCUUUUCAUCAAAGAAUAUGACUCUGCAAGUCUAGCAUACCAAAAUAUCUCACGCUCUUGAUCACUUUAAUUGGCUGUCUCAUUUUUUUCCAUGUUAUGAAUCCAGUUGCAUUGAGCCUGCGUGUUUCAGUAUCAUGUAUUACGAGUUGUUGUUCUUGUGCCCCUCUUUUUCGUGCCUCCGUUUGUUUGGUGCUGUUGUCCGUCGCCUUUUAUCAUCUUACCAGAUUUGGACAUGUCGCCAAGCCUGGGUGGGGUGGAAUUACUUAUCUCAAGUUGUCACGACUCAACCACACAAGAAUAUAGAUGGUGAGACUCUCUUCAAGAUCUCUCAAUUCACACUACAGAACAUGCGAAGGUCUUAGACUAAUAUACUCUGUGUUUCGAGAAACCCAU